ACUCAACAGCCUCAAAAUUCCUCUUUAAUUUUCUAGGGUUUCAAAUCUGCAAAUUGAGCUUUUGGAUCAGAGUAAAAUGGAGGAAAAGCCUCAAAAUAUGAGCCAAAUCCCGAGAGUGAAGCUGGGUAGCCAAGGACUGGAGGUUUCAAGGUUGGGUUUCGGAUGUGCAGGACUCUCAGGACUUUACAAUGCUCCCCUAACUCAUGAAGAUGGAUGCCGCAUGAUUAAACAAGUUUUCACUAGAGGCAUAACCUUUUUCGAUACUUCCGAUCUUUAUGGAGCCGAUCACGACAAUGAAAUCAUGGUUGGAAAGGCUCUGAAACAGCUUCCUCGAGAAAAGAUCCAGUUAGCUACAAAAUUUGGCAUUGUGCCAUUAGGAAGCUUUCAAUUUGCAGUAAACGGGACACCUGAAUAUGUAAGGAAGUGUUGUGAAGCGAGUCUCAAGCGGCUUCAAGUUGAUCACAUUGACCUCUAUUAUCAGCAUCGCGUCGACCUAUCUGUGCCAAUUGAGGAAACUAUGGGAGAGCUGAAGAAGCUGGUGGAGGAGGGGAAGAUAAAGUACAUUGGUCUGUCUGAAGCGAGUGUAGACAUGAUCCGGAGAGCCCAUGCAGUUCAUCCAAUCACUGCCUUACAGAUGGAGUAUUCCCUGUGGAGCCGUGAAACUGAAGAUGAGAUAAUCCCACUUUGCAGAGAGCUUGGAAUUGGGGUGGUGGCUUACAGUCCUUUAGGUCGAGGUUUCUUUGGUGGAAAGGCGGUUGUAGAGUGCUUGCCCAGUGAGAGCUUGCUGGUUAAACACCCAAGGUUCAGCAAGGAGAAUUUAGAAGUUAAUGAAACUAUGUACAAACGGCUUGUUGAUCUGGCUGCCAAGCAUUCCUGCACGACUGCUCAGUUGGCUUUAGCAUGGCUGCUCCAUCAGGGUAUUGAUAUAGUUCCCAUCCCGGGGACAACAAAAGUUGGAAACCUUGACAGCAACAUUGGGUCACUAGGUGUGAAGCUAACAGAGGAGGAUUUGAAAGAAAUUAGUGAUGCUGUGCCAAUUGAUGAAGUUAGAGGUGAGCGAGAAUAUGAUGCUUUCUCCAGAUAUAUGUGGAACUAUGCAGAUUCCUCAUCAAAAGGCUGAAAGCUACGUUAGACCUCUCGUUCUUUGAAACUUGUUACAACUGCAGACAUGAGUAAACAUUUCAUUUCCCAGCUCUGUCAUACAACCGGACAUUUUAUGAAAUUCUCUCUUCAAAUUGUCUUCUAGAAAAGAAGAUUUCAAUCAAACCACCAUAAAAUCAUAUAAGUGGCCUUAUCACUAAA